AUGACAAUUGAAGCACAAAUUCCAAGUGUCAUAAAGGACCCUACAACACGAUGGCUGUCAGUUUUGAUAAACAAAAAACGCUUGUCGAUACUUUCAAGUCCUCUGACAUUCCGCAGAGUUUCGGCGAAAGAAAGAGUUGCACAAUCUUUCAAGCAGCUCCAGCAGAAUAACCUUUUUUUCAGAGGAAUGAGCCCUGGUGAAAGCGAUUUUGCAAUGCUUGAAGUAGCGCGGCGAUGUGAUUUCUAUGGCAUUAAGCUGCAUCCUGCGAAGAACUGGGCUACCUCAUUUGUGCUUAUAUUUUUUGAAAAAAACAUGUUGUUUGCUUAA